AGUGGAGAUCUUUACGUAGUUGAUAUCGUUGAAUGGCGAGUAGCAGAGUAGACUGAGUGUGAGAUCGGUACCUGGACACGUAACUAUAUUCACAUUUCUAAUCUUCUCUGCGGAAUAGGAAACUAUGGAUUGGGAGAAGAAGAUGGUGGUCGUGGAAGAUUUUGUGGAAUAUCAGAUAUUCCUGGUAUCGGAAGAACCCAGCGAUCACGAGAAACGCAAACAAAUUCUUCAGGGGUACAUAGAGAGUAUACUGGCAAAGUUUGCACCAUUACUAGCUCCAUACAUAUGGCAAAACCAACCAUUUAAUCUGGGAUAUAAAGCUAAAAAAGGUAAUACUCCAGCUCAUAUUGGAGGAAUAACAUAUUUUGGAGAUAACAUUGAGGAUGAAUGGUUUAUAGUUUACCUUCUCCAAGAAACAACCAAAGAGUACCCGGAAUUGGCAGCAAGGGUUGAAGAUAACGACGGAGAGUUUUUGCUGAUAGAAGCGGCAGAUUUCCUACCAAGAUGGUUGAAGCCAGAAAAUAGUUCAAAUCGGGUCUUCUUUUACCAUGGAAAGCUCUGUAUCAUACCUUUGCGACAGGAUGGCCUAGAACUGCCUGACCAAGCUACCAGUAUCGAUGUGUCUCAAUCGUUGUCGCUGUUAGCGGCUUUUUCAGAGAAAUUAUUAGCAACUGAAUCUGUGUCAAAAGCUCUCAGAAGGCGGCUGGAAGGGUACCCUGACAAAAUUAAGGAUUCCCUUCACCAUGCCCGCUGCUAUGUUCCAGCUGGGAUUGCAGCUGUCCUUAAAGAGCGACCGCAUCUCGUAUCAGCAGCUGUUCAAGCAUUUUACCUCCGAGAUCCUAUUGACCUAAAAGCUUGUCGCAUCUUUCGUCAUUUUCCUCCUGAAACACGAGUCCUCUCGUCGGUCAGGUUUACAAAGUGUUUAUACGCUCAGUUGAGCCAGCAGAGAUUCCAGCCAGACAAACGGAGUGGGUACACGCUCCCUGAGCUGUCAGACCCACGUUACAAAGCAUGUGACCUGGGAAUGAAAUUGGCCCAUGGAUUUGAGAUUAUGUGUUCCAAAUGCUCCAGGCCUUCUGGAGAUUUCAAUAUGCUCCCCUUGCAGAGUCCUCGAUGGACCGGAUUUUUAAAUUCCCUAAAGAAAAAUAACUUUUUUAAGGGAGAGAUGGAGGGAUCUGCACUGUAUCGUGAAUUACUGAAGAAGGCAGAGGUAUAUUUCCUCCAAUCAUUUGUCAAGCCAGAAAGGUCAGCAGCUGAGAGUCCUGGGGAGGAAGUGCUUCAACUAUUAAACACACUACCCAUCAGUUUGGAGGAAAUGAAGAAGGAAGAAGCUAAUUUACCACCAGAUGAAGAUGACAGCUGGCUUGAUAUUACCCCUGAAAAGCUGGAGCAGAUUUUACAAGAUGCUGCGGGCCCAAAGGAAUCAGUUCCGACGUCAGUUGCGAAUGAGAAGAACUAUGACUUAUCCGAAGUGACAGAUAGCAUGAAGGCAUUUAUAUCAAAAGUUUCUUCACAUGAAGGAGCAGAGUUGCCAUGGGCACUGGCAGAAGCUCCAAUUACAUUUGAUGUGGACUCGUUCAAAAGUGCAUUGGAAAAUAUUCUUGGUUCUAGUCCAGAAGAUCUAGAUUCCGAUGAUCUAGAAUCAGAAGAAGAGUUUGAGUUGUUGGACAGUGAUGAGGACCAGGAGUCCCAAUCGGAUACCGAAGCCUUAGGAAGCUUGCGGUCCUAUAUGGAGGUUAUGGACAGAGAACUGGCUCAGACUAAUAUUGGCAAAAGUUUCACCACAAAGAAAACUGAGGAAAUUCCCUUCCCUUUUGAUCCAAAUGGACCUGCGGAGCCAGGGUAUGCUGAAGACCAUAGUGACGAGGAAGACGGUUCUACGGAAGAGCAUAGCUUUGCCCCGGUGGAUGUGGAUUUAAAUCUGGUGACAAAUCUGCUUGAAUCAUACAGUUCACAGGCUGGACUGGCUGGCCCUGCAUCCAACCUUCUCCAGAGCAUGGGUGUGCAUCUACCUGACAACACUGACCAAGAUCCAUCUGCAGACACUGCUCUUCAUUGAUACUGGACAUGAUUGUGUCAGAUCAUAAACAUAUGUGGGGUUAAUUUUUGCCACAAUUCAGCAGGUGCGAUUAAAAACCAUGUGGAGUGGUGGUGGUGUUUCUUUGCUGUUAUAUAGUUGAGUACUAGGGAAGUCAUGUUGUUCCUAGUUGAGAUUAUUGGUCAGAUUCCUUGGAGUCCUUUUUCCUUAGACUGCACUUCCUAAUCUAAUUUACAUGCAUUUAUAGAAAACUGUUGAUACUACAUAACACUUUGUAAUGCCAUAUUUAUAAGAACCAAUUUACCUUGUGAACAGAUAUAUAUUUAUUAAAAAAAUAUAGAAAUACAGAAUAUAAAGUCAUUUUCCUGUUUGUAAAACUUUUAUAUUAAUAUUUUUUUCAUAAAAAGCAUUGCUUUUCCA